CCCAAUAACCCAUGUAAGAGCUCCGUAAUUCAAAUAUAGUCACUUGAUUUCACCAAACGGAUCGUCGAUACUGUGAACAAACACAAAGAUGCAGAGAAAACAGAUUCUUGUUGCCCUUCUCUUGCUCAUUCGAGCAUGUGUGCCCAUAGUGGCCCAGGAGUCAGAGGAGUCAGAGGAGUCAGAGGGCUGGCUGCAGCAGGCAGGUGAUAUAUACAGGACUGCCAAAGCUGAAGCCCACAAAAUUGAAGUGGUACUGGGCUUGGCAGGUGCAUUCUACGAGGAACACGUGAAACUGUUAGCCGGUAACUACACGGAUUGGGCCUCAGCCUCAACCAGUUCCUUCUGGAAACAAGUCAAAGCCCAGUUCACUUGAGUACAGACCCAACUAAUGGCACAUGAAAAAAGCAGACAAAAACAAAACUUAGUGCUAAAUACAUUAUGGAAAGGCUAGAGUAGGAUGCAUUCUACAGUCAUGUGCACUUGGGAUUAAAAGGAGGAAAUAAGAUAUAAAGAUGAUGCAUUAGAAAUAUGUGGUUGUGAACUAUUGUAAACUAGUGAAGCAAACCAAAUAAAUAAAUAAAGAGAAACUCCCUUACUGCA